UGUAAGAGCUCUGUCCUGCCCAUAGCUAUUGGAUACCUCUGUCACAGUCCCUUGCUAUAGGGUACCUCUGUUACAAUCCCUUUCUGUCACAAAAUCUCUCAGGUGUGAAAUAAGUUUGACUUAGACCUUGAGAGGUCGUGCUCGUUCGUUUUUCAUCCGCCGAUAUCAGUUGUCAUGGGGGUAUUAUUGAGUGUGUUGCUACUUUUGAGUUUGUACGGAGUGGGCACUUCAGGUGGUGAAGGGGCUCUCGUUCUUGGGUACUACCAAGAGAAGUGCCCUCUGUUGGAAGAAAUCGUGCGGCAUAGUGUCGAGCGUGCAGUGUAUAGAGAGCCUCGGAUGGCAGCAUCUCUGCUACGUGUCCAUUUUCACGACUGUUUCGUCAUGGGUUGCGAUGCAUCAGUUCUUCUAGACAGCUUUGAUGGCAUGGUGAGCGAGAAGCAGGCAGUGCCUAACCUUAACUCCUUGCGUGGGUUCGAGGUGAUUGACGAGAUAAAGUAUAAUCUGGAAGAGGCGUGUCCAUACACAGUCUCCUGUGCUGAUAUUUUGGCCAUUGUUGCUCGAGAUGCAGUCGAGCUGAGAGGAGGGCCCAGGUGGGAAGUGUGGCUAGGCAGGAGAGACUCACUCAAGGCAAGCUUUGAUGGAGCCAACAAAUUCAUACCUGCUCCAAAUUCCUCCCUUGAAGCCCUAAUUGCUAAUUUCGGGCAACAGGGCCUGGACGAAAGAGACUUGGUUGCCUUAUCAGGUAGUCACACGAUGGGAAAAGCACGAUGCCUGAGCUUCAGGCAAGGAAUUUACGAGGAAAGCACUGAACGACAGUACGAUCCCUUCCAGAGAUACACCACCUUCUACGAUACCCUACAGUCCAUAUGCCCCGAGACCGGAAGUGAUAAUAGAUUAGCAUCGCUUGAUCACGUGACGCCUUUCGAGUUCGACAACCACUACUUCCUUAACCUCCUCCAAGGCACGGGUCUCCUACCAUCUGAUAAUGCCCUCAUCAAUGAAGACCAUGAAGGUGUUAUUUCGAGGCUUGUCUGGACUUAUGCCUCGGAUACAGAGGCUUUCUUCCGCGACUUUGCGAACUCGGUUGUGAAGAUGGGGAACAUCAACGUGCUCACCGAAAGUGGAGGAGAGAUCAGGAGAACAUGUCGAUUCAUCAACACUUAAUUUCUUAGAAAUGUGCAGGUCAAUCAUAUGUCUAAGCGGAAAUUAGAUUUAGCCAAUGAUUGGCUAUCGUAUGCAUCUGGGGCUUUUACAAAGUUUUGUUCUAGAAGACUCAGCGAAUCAAAUGCAAUCACUCUAGAUUUU